AUGCAAAUUUUCAGUAGCUGUUGUGGAAAAGGAUUUGAUGGGAAAAAGAAAGUGAAGACAGAGCCAUCUUGGAGGAUAUUUUCAUUGAAGGAGCUUCAUGCGGCCACUAACAGUUUCAACUACGACAACAAACUCGGUGAAGGUCGAUUCGGGAGUGUGUAUUGGGGUCAGCUAUGGGAUGGAUCACAAAUUGCAGUCAAGAGAUUGAAAGCAUGGAGUAACAGAGAAGAGAUAGAUUUUGCUGUGGAGGUCGAGGUUCUUGCUCGUAUUCGUCACAAGAAUCUGUUGAGUGUUCGUGGAUACUGCGCAGAAGGACAGGAACGUCUUCUUGUAUAUGAGUACAUGCCGAAUCUGAGCUUGGUGUCACAUCUUCAUGGGCAACAUUCAUCUGAGUGCCUUCUUGAUUGCACCAAGCGGAUGAAGAUUGCCAUAAGCUCUGCUCAAGCCAUUGCCUACCUACACCAUCAUGCAACCCCACAUAUAGUCCAUGGAGAUGUGAGAGCUAGCAAUGUGCUGCUAGAUUCUGAACUCGAAGCUCGUGUCACCGAUUUUGGAUAUGGUAAGCUGAUGCCUGAUGAUGCAGAAGAUGGAGCCGCCACGAAAGCAAAGAGCAGUAAUGGGUAUCUCUCACCGGAAUGUGUUGCAUCAGAAACGAGCGACGUGUACAGUUUCGGUAUCCUUUUGCUGGUACUGGUUAGUGGCAAGAGACCAAUGGAAAAGCUUAACGCAACAACAACGAGGGGUAUAACCGAGUGGGUUUUACCACUUGUGCACGAGAGAAAGUAUGGUGAGAUCGUGGAUCAGAGGCUGAGCGAGGAGAAUGUGGAAGAGAAGCUGAAGAAACUAGUCUUGGUGGGGCUAAUGUGUGCUCAGGCAGAGCCAGAGAAGAGACCAACGAUGUCUGAAGUGGUGGAGUUGCUGAUGAUUGAAUCAAAGGAGAAAAUGUCUGAACUUGAAGCCAAUCCUCUCUUCAAGAAUCCACAUAGCAGCGAUGAAAACGAUAGAGAGCAGCAGGUUGCAGAGGAAAUCUCAGAAGAAAAGGAUCAUCAUCAGCAACAACAAGAAUAG